AAAAGAAGCUUAUCAAACGUUUCUGGUCGAUGGAGAUCAAGAUAAAAGCUGAGGCAUCCCGACACCUGCAUGAUGAGGAUCAGAAACUUCCCCUCUUGCAAGAUGCACCAAAAUCAGUGACAGAAGAGCAAAGAACGCUGAUACAGAAAGCAAUUCGCCAGACAUUUCAGAGCAUGGCUCAUUUGGCCAAUCUUUUGCCUACGGGAACAGUUCUUGCAUUUCAGCUUCUGGCACCCAUAUUUACAAACCAGGGCAACUGUGACUCAGUCAGCCGGUCCAUGACUGCUGGCCUUGUGGCCCUCUGUGGGGCUUCAUGUUUUCUACUGAGUUUCACUGACAGCUUAAGGGACAAUAAAGGAAAUGUCUGUUAUGGGUUUGCUACAUUCAAAGGCUUAUGGAUCAUUGAUGGGUCAGCCAACAUAUCAACUGAAGUCGCUGCAAAUUUCCAUCUGCAGUUUAUAGAUUUCCUCCAUGCAUUCAUGUCAAUACUUGUAUUCACAGCUGUUGCACUUUUUGAUCAGAAUGUAGUGAAUUGCUUCUAUCCAAUGCCGUCAGAUGAGGCUCAGGAGGUACUCACAGCAUUGCCAGUUGGCAUUGGCGUCAUUUGCAGUAUGUUGUUUGUUGUGUUUCCAACCAAGCGCCACGGAAUGGGCUUCCCCCUCUCUGCAAAUUAGCAACUCCUCUUUUGCUUGAUCAGUUCAUAUCCUUAAUUAUUCUUUCUUCCAUCCCGGCUUCCUCCAAGUUCUGUAAAUGCCGGUCAUAUGACGAUUCUCUUUGUUUGUAAAUUCCAGUUCAAAAGUCCAUGGCACAUUGAAAGAGAACUUUUAAACA